AUGCCACGGUAUACCAGCCCAUUUGAUGAAGCCCAGCUCUUCUAUCGCGAUUUUGUUCCAGCAAAGAACCCUCCUCCCUUCAAUGUUUCUGACGGCGCAGAUGUGGGCGGGAAGCCGGCUCUAGUCUUCCUCCAUCAAUGGCCGCUGUCAUCUCGAAUGUACGACCCUCUACUGGUCAGUCUUUGCGAGAGUCAUCGAUUCCGAUGCAUCGCAGUCGACAGGCGAGGCUUUGGUCAGAGUGACUGGUCUGGGCCAGAGCCCAAGGGGGACAUUGACUACAGUGUGCUAGCACGAGACGUGGUCGGGCUUCUGGAAAAGAUGAAGCCAGGGCCUUUCGUUUUCAUCGCUGCAAGUAUGGGCACUGGAGAGACUGUGCUUGCACACGGUCUCAGUGAAUAUGUCAGAUCUAACUGCAAGGGCUACAUCUGGAUCAGCACUUCUCUCCCUCUACCUGUCACCUCACCGAACUUCCCAGAUGGCCCACCUAGAGCGCUAUGGGACCAUGUCCUUGGCUCACUUAGGAGUCACCGAUCACAAUUCGUUUCGAGCAAUUUCCGCGGCCCACUAGGAGUCGGAGCGGCCGGCGAGGUAUCAGACAAGGACAUUGAGAUGUUUGAGCGUAUCUUUGACGCCGCAGACGCUUUAGCUAUCGAACGAGCGGCUCAGAUAUUCACCUCCGAGGAUUUAACUCCGGUCCUUGCUGAGUUCGGCAAGGCAAAGUCUGGAGAGCUGCUGCUGAUUCAUGGAGGUGCCGACGGUGGAGUACCCCUGGCCGUGAGCGCUCAUCGGAUCCAGAAACUCAUCCCGGAUGCAACAUUGACUGUCUAUGAAGAUGGGGGACAUGGUGAGUAUCUUGGCUCUGCUUUGAAGGGAUAG